AUGGGGCGAAUGGAUCCGCUGUUUCGUUUUGACGCGGAUGACGAUAACGAGGAUGGAGGGGAGGUGGCGGCGUGGGAUUUCAAGGGCGCGGGGAAGACUCUUGCGGAGGAGUUUAAGGAGCGAAAAACGACGUCCGUUGAUACCAAGAUUGAGAUGAUCCGACGGCGGAGAGCGAUGGGGCUUGGGAGCACGAAGAGAGGGAGAGAAGAGGAGGACGAGGAGGAGGAGGAUGAAGAGGAGGAGGAAGAGGAGGAGGAUGAGGAGGAGGAUGAGGAGGAGGAUGUGGAGGAGGAAGAGGAAGAGGAGGAGGAAGAGGCAGAGGAAGAGGUAGACUUAGCGGAAGAGGAGCAGGAAGAGGACGAGGAAGACGAAGAGGAGAUGGAAGAGGAGGAAGAACAGGAAGAGGAAGAAGAGGAUGAGGAGGAGGAAGAUGAGGAGGAAGAGGAAGACGAAGCGGAAGAAGAAGAGGACGAGGAGGAAAAUGAGGAAGAGGAAGAGGCGAGUCACAAGAAGACUAAAAAGGAGCCCAAAAUAAAAGAUAUCGAAAAGGCACCCAAGGCAAAAGCCAGGCGAGAGAAGGAAGGAGCAGGAAAGGGAGAAGGCGGGGAAGGGGGGGGCGGAGGGGGAGGCGGGGGGGUGUAUUUCGAGGGGGCGGAGGAGGCAGGGGCGCGGUUCUCUGCGUCGUCCUUCUCAGAACUGCAGCUGUCGCGGCCGCUGCUGCGUGCGUGUGCUGCUCUGGGGUAUGACAAGCCCACACCCAUUCAAGCGGCCUGUGUGCCGCUGGCUAUGGCAGGCCGGGAUAUAUGCGGCAGCGCCAUCACCGGUUCUGGCAAGCUGUCGCGGCCGCUGCUGCGCGCGUGUGCUGCUCUGGGGUAUGACAAGCCCACGCCCAUUCAAGCCGUGUGCGUGCCGCUCGCCAUGGCUGGGAGAGACAUCUGUGGCAGCGCCAUCACUGGGUCUGGCAAGACCGCCGCCUUCUCUCUCCCCAUCUUGGAGCGACUGUUGUUCCGCCCCAAGCGGGUGGCGGCCACUCGUGUCCUCGUGCUCACCCCAACCAGAGAGCUGGCCGUGCAAGUGCACAGCAUGGUGGAGAAGCUAGCGCAGUUCACUGACAUCCGCUGUGGGCUCGUGGUGGGGGGAGUGCACAGCAUGGUGGAGAAGCUAGCGCAGUUCACUGACAUCCGCUGUGGGCUCGUGGUGGGGGGUCUGUCCAUCAAGAACCAGGAGGUGGCUCUGAGGUCACGGCCAGACAUCGUCGUCGCGACUCCGGGCAGGUGGGAACCUGGUGGGGAGCUGGGAAGCGUACUCUUUAGGUGUCUCAAGGCUUACUCGCUGUGGGCUCGUGGUGGGGGGUCUGUCCAUCAAGAACCAGGAGGUGGCUCUGAGAACAGCCAGAGCGUUGACUUGAACGACCUGGCCAUUCUGGUGCUGGACGAGGCGGACAGGCUGCUGCAGCUGGGGUUCCAGGAGGAGGUGAUGGAAAUAGUAAGUGCUGCCAAAAGUGGUGCGAGUGUGUCCCGAGCGCCGCCAGACUCUCCUUUUCUCGGCCACCAUGAGUGGGGAGGUGCAGCAGCUGGCGAGCCUGUGAGAGUCUGCCCAAAGCGCCGCCAAACUCUCCUCUUCUCGGCCACCAUGAGUGGGGAGGUGCAGCAGCUGGCCAGCCUGUCCCUCAACCUGCCGGGUGGUUCGAGUGCGAUCGUCUCAGGAAGCAGACCGAGAGGCCAUGCUGCUGCGCAGUGUGCUUUUUCUGCUCUCUCCGCUCCAAAACUUAUGCCUCUUACUCACUCCUCCCAUUGGCAUCCCGUCAUCCUCCCCCUCUCCCUCCUUUUCUUCUCCAGGGUGGUUCGAGUGCGAUCGUCUCAGGAAGCAGACCGAGAGGCCAUGCUGCUCGCUGUGUGCUCCAGGCUCGCCAAAACCGCUGGCGCAGGCUCGGAAGGAGGGACGGAUGGUGGUUCGGAAGGAGGACAGGCAGGAGAUUCAGGAAGAGGGGAGAAGCGGAGUAAAGCACAGGGGGGUGGUGGAGUGAUCGUUUUCAGCGGCCGCAAGGUAGAGGCGCAUCGGCUGAAGAUUAUAUUUGGUCUGCUCGGAUGGCGGGCGGCGGAACUACACGGGAACCUUACCCAGGCCAUGCGACUGGAUGCGUUGGAACGAUUUCGGACGCACGAUGUGGACUUCCUUAUUGCCACUGAUGUCGCUGCCAGCCUGCACACGCCACUACCCAUUAGAAUCUCACCGCACGGUUUGGACAUUGCUGGAGUGCAAACAGUCAUCAACUACCACACACCCCGUGAAAUCACCAACUACGUGCACCGAGUGGGGCGGACAGCACGGGCAGGCAAGCUGGGAUCGUCAGUGACCUUCGUGGGGGAGAAGGACCGAAGGCUGCUGAAAGCGAUGGUGCAAGGCAGCAUUCCGCACAUCUCCAUCAUCCUCUCCCUCACCAACCUCCGCCUCCUCCUCUCCAUCCUCUCCUCCCUCACGCCACCCCCAUCCUCCCUGCCUCCUAAACCAGCACACCAGCCAUCCUCCUCCGCUAUCCUCUUCCCUCCCACCGCCUCAUCCUCCCAAACCCCUCCCCACGCUGCCCCCACCAGCAGCAACAACCCUCUGCCUGCCUCAGGGCCCAUAGCUGUCCCACAUCGCGUGGGCCAGCUGCAAGGAGGAAUGGGGGGUCAAGGUGCAAGGAGGGGGACUGCAGGCGAGGCAGGAAAUGGGGGCGGUGUAAGGAGUGGCAGUGGGGGGCUGACAUCCACACCGUCCUGGUCCGAGAUGCUUCACACCAUUCUGCAGCGCGACGCUGCCAAGGUGCCACAGCAGCUGCUGGCCUCACCCGAUCUAGACAACACUGGGCUCCCUCUGCUGCUACUGGAACAGCAGCAGCAGCAGCAUGAGGCUGGGCUGCGGGCAGGAAGGAAGCUGAGGCAGCGGCAGAUAGCGCAAGCGGCGGUGGAGCGGUGGAGGCAGCGAGUGGAGGGCAUGGAGAGGGACGUGGGAUGGCAUUCUACGAGGCGGGCAGGCAGGAAGCUGAAGCAGCGGCAGAUAGCGCAAGCGGCUGUGGAGCGAUGGAGGCAGCGAGUGGAGGGCAUGGAGAGGGACGUGGGAUGGCAUUCUACAAAGCGAGCAGGCAGGAAGCUGAAGCAGCGGCAGAUAGCCCAAGCGGCUGUGGAGCGGUGGAGGCAGCGAGUGGAGGGCAUGGAGAGGGAUGUAGCGGCUGUUAUGAAGCAGGAGAGGGAGGAACGGGUGCUGCGAAAGGCAGAGAUGGAAGCAGUCAAGGCUGAGAACAUGCUGACUCAUCGCGAUGAGAUAUUCGCCAAGCCCAAGCGCACGUGGUUCCAGAGCAAGAGGGAGAAGGAGGCAGUGGCAGAGGCGGCUAAGGCUGUGGCUGACGCUGAGGCAGAGGGCGGGGAGGGCGGCAGUGGGAAAGGGGGAGGGAAGGGAGGAGGGAAGGUGCUUUCACUGGAGGAGCUGCAGGAGAAGAGGAGGAAGGAGAAGCUGAAGAAGCAGCGAGAGAAAUCCCUCCCAAGAAAGAAACGCAGAAAGCUAGAGGCAGAGAGGCAGGCGCAAGAGGAGGAGGCAGAAGCACAGGAGUUCGGGUUGGAUGAAGCAUCUGAUGGGAAACCCAAGGCUGGAGGAAAGACAAGAGCCGAUCUGGCUUACCGCAAGGCCAAGGCAAUCAAAUCCGCAGAGCGGCUCCGGGCAGCUGGGAAGAUUGUCAGCCUGCCCAAGGCGGGCGGCCGGGCAGCUGGGAAGAAACCGAAGCAGAAAACGCCGUCCCGGUCCCGAGAGAUGAAGGAUCUGUUUCAGACGGAUAUGGCCAAGGGGAAAGGAGGGGGAGGGGCUGGGGGGGAAGUGAAGGGGAGGGGGAAGGCUGGGGGGACUUUCAAGAGCAAGAAGCGGUGA